GUGUGUGUGUGUGCUUUGAAGCGUGCGUGCAUUGCAAAGGGCUCCCAGGGAAGUCAAGCGUCAGACAACAACAAUAACAGCGACAACAACGACAACAACAACAAAGUACCAUGCGGUCGACGAGACGAGAGAGGGUGCCGCUUCUGCACGGGCGACAGCAGCAGCAGCAAAACCCCCAAUUGCCGCACCAGAUCGACGCGGCCUCGCGGUUCCAGGCUCGCCGGCCGCGCGCCGUGGUGGCUCUGCUGGCCUUGAUGGUGUUUUGCGUGUCCGCGUCUGGGACGCUCGCCAGCGUGCCGCAGACGCAGCUCCUCGAGGACAAUAUCUGUCGGCGGUACUACGGCGGCGGCGGCGUGCACGCGGCGGCCGCCGUUGACGGUGGUGGUAGUAGUGCCGUGGACGACGAGAGGCUGUGUAAGGCGGCGGCCGUGCAGUCGCGGCUGGCGUAUCUCGAUGGCUGGCGCGGCAUGAUCGAGGCCAUUGUCGGCCUGUUCAUGGCCUUUCCGUACGGAGCUCUCGCCGACAGAAUCGGCCGCAAGCCCAUCAUCCUACUGUCCCUCGUCGGCUUCACCCUCUCCGGGGCGUGCAUCGCCGGCGUCCUCGCGCUCGGCCAGGCGGUCUCCGUGCAGCUUGUCCUGCUCUCCCCGGCCUUUUUCAUGAUCGGCGGCGGCAGCUGCGUGGUGGUGUCGGCGCUCUACUCUGCCGUGUCUGACGUCGCAGACGAAGAGACGAGAGCGACCUCCUUCCUCAUGAUCUCGUUCGGCAGCCUCGCAGGCAACUUUGUCGGACCCGUCGUCUCCUCGGCGCUGAUGCAAAUGUCGUCGCCGUGGGUGCCGCUGCUGGCCAGCUUCGCCGCCAUGCUCCUCGGGGCCGGCGUCAUGGCCUUUGUGCCCGAGACGAUGGCGCCCCGCAAGGAGGACCCGGACGACGAGCCGCCGAUGCUCUUCGACACGACGGGGUCCAUGAUCCGGCGGCACUUGCGGCAGUCGGCGGCGCAGCUCGAGGGGUCGCUCGCCAUCCUGCGGAAGCCGGCGCUCGUCAUCGUCCUCGUCUGCUUCCUGUCGCCCCUGCCCAUGGCCAUGGCCAUGAGCCAGCUGUUCGCGCAGUACGUCAGCAAGCGCUUCGGCUGGUCGCUCGCCUCGGCGGGCUACCUGCUCUCGGUGCGCGGCGUCGUCAACAUGCUCGUCCUGCUCGCCGUCGUGCCGGGCCUGUCGAGGCUGCUGCUCGCACCGCGACGACGCCAACUCGGCGGCGGCUCCUCCCGCAAGGGCGGCGGCGGCCUGUCCGUGGCGGGCAAGGACCGCCUCCUCGCACAGCUGUCCGCCGUGGCCAUGACCCUCGGCUGCCUGCUCAUGGCCGGCGGCAGCAUCGUGCAGGUCGUCGGCGGCCUGGUCGUCAACACGCUCGGCGCGGGCCUCCCGCCGCUGGUGCGUUCCCUGGCGGCGAGCUUCCUCGACGAUGGCCAGCAGCAGCAGCAGCAGCAGCAGCACACGUCCAAGCUGCAGACGCUCAUCGGCGUCACCGAGGCGGUGAGCUCGCUGUUCGCGGGGCCGGCGCUCGCGGGGCUCUUCUCCGCCGGCAUGGAUCGCGGGGGCGCCUGGAUGGGGCUGCCGUACGCGUGCCUGGCCGUGUUCCUGGCCGCCACGACGAUGCCCUUGUUCCUGUUGAGGGUUCCUGCGGGGGACUGCGCGGACUUGUUGCAGGCAGAGGAGGAGGAGGAGGCGUCUGGAGAGGGGAGCAUUGCGUGCAUCCGGGGCGUCGAGGGGGAGUGUCUGCUGGGCUUCCGCUGCGCAGCGCAUGUCCCGCUGGAGGAUUAUCCGGCGAGGAUGCCGGGACGCUCGACGUUUCGAUGAUGGAUUGCAUGUUGUAUACUGUAGGUGUGGUAUGCUGGUCGUGCCGGUGGAUAACUGGAC